AUGGCCAUGCUGUUGCUUGAGCACCAAAGGAAGCGGUCUCAAGCACUGGCAGUUGUCUCAAGCCCGGCUGCCAUGAACUCAGGGAUCAGCGCCUGCAGGAGAGGCAAGCAGUGGCAUCGUGCCCUGGAGCUUGUGGCAGAGCUCCAGUCGCAGCAUGUUGAGGCGGAUGAGGUGACCCUCGGAGCACUGGUGAGCUGUUGCGACAAGGCGCUUCAGUGGCGGCUGGCUCUCCAGUCGAUGGGCCUCUUUCGGUGCCAAGCGCUGCAGGUGGGCGAGGUCACCUCCAACGCGGCGGUUUCAGCCUUGCAGAGUGUGGCUGCAUGGCAUCAGGCCUUGCAGGCUGCUGACCAGCUCGAUCACGCCAAUGUUCAGAGCGACGUACUGACCUUGCUCCCUUUGAGCCGCUCCCUCAGGAGCUGGAAAAGGAGCCUUGAAGUCCUUGAAGGCGUCCUCGCUGGGGGCGUCGCACCGGAAGUGGCAGCUGCUUGGGAUCCAAUUGUGGCGGACUGCGAGGAGCAACUGGAACCGGAGCAGGUACCUGCUUUGCUGGAUGCUCUGUCAGCGCUGGAAUGGCGUUUCCUCUCGGAACAAAAGCCUUCUUUUUUGCGUGUCGUUUCUGCGCAUGGACCUCGACCAUGA